AUGACGGGACAGGCGGGCGGGACUCGCCAUGCUCUCGGGACGGGCAGGCAGGGGCCGCCACAUAUCCUGGGACGGGCAAGCGGGGUGGCUCGCCACGUGUUCCAGGAUCGGGCGGGCGGGUCCCACCAUGGUUCCGGGAUUGGGCGGCAGGCUUGCUACGCAUCCCGCAACGGGAGGGCGGGGCCCGGCCCGCCACGCGUCCCUGGACGGGGAGGCAGAGCCCGCCACACGUCCUGGGGUGGGUGGGUGGGCUCGCCAGCGGCCUGGGAUGGGCGUGCAGGGCCCGCCAAGCGUCCAGAGACGGGCUUGCCACGCAUCCCAGGAUGGGCAGGCGGGGCUCGCCAUGCAUCCUGGGAUGGGUGUGGGGCCAGCCAUGCCCUCCCGGGACAGGUGUGGGCGGGGCUCGCCACGCGUCCCGGGACGGGCAGGUGGGGUCCGCCACGCGUCCUACGACAGGCAGGCAAGGCCUGCCACGUGUCCUGGAACAGGUGGUCGAGGCCCGCCACGUGUCCCCGGGACGGGCGGGCGUGGCUCUCCACAUUUCCUGGGACAGGCGGGCGUGACCCGCCACAUGUCCUGGAACGGGCGGGCGAGGCCCACCACGUGUCCUGGGAUGGGCAGGCGAGGCCGCCACGUGUCCUGGGACGGGUGGGCGGCAGCUGCCACGUGUCCUGGGCCGGGCGGGAAAGGCCUGCAGCUUUUCCCGGGACGGGCAGGCAAGGCCCGCUACUUUUCCCAGGACAAAAGUGGGGGGUGGUGGCAGCACCUGCCACGUGUCCCGGGGACGGGUGGGUGGUGCUCGCUAUGUGUCCCCUGGGAAAGGGGCAGGGGCGGGCAGCUUCUGCCACAUGUCCAGGAGAUGUGGCGCCCGCUAGUGUCCCGGGACAGGUGGGCGGCACCCGCCACGUUUCCCAGGCGUGUACAGCCCCCCCCACCGCUCCCAAACCCCCGCCAUGUGUCCCUAGGACAAGCGGUGCCCGGCCCGCCACUAUCCCAGGAUGGGCGGGCGACGCCCGCCAACGUGUCCCGGGACAGGUGGGCGAGGCCUGCUACGUGUCCCGGGAUGGGCAGGCGAGGACCGCACUUGUCACAGGACGGGCGGGUGAGGCCCGCCACGUCCCGGGGCCGGGCGGGCAAGGCCCGCUAAGUUUUCUUUUCCGGGACAGGCGGGGAAGGCCCGCUACUUUUCCUGGGACCAAGGCCUUCCACGAGUCCCGGGACUGGGGGGCGGCGCCCACCACGUGUCCCGGGACGGGCGGGCGGUGCUCGCUGUGUCCUGGGAAGGGGUGGGCAGCUCCUGCCACAUGUCCCGGGACAGGUGGGCGAGGCCCGCCACGUGUCCUGGGACGGGCGGGUGGCACCCGCUACGUGUCCCAGGACAGGCGGGCAGCACCCACAACGUGUCCUGGGACGGGCGGUCGGUGCCCGCCACGUGUCACGGGACGGGUGGUGAGGCCUACCACUUGUCCCAGUGCGGGUGGGCGAGGCCCGCCGCGUAUCCCGGGAUGGGCGGGCGAGGUCCGCCACUUGUCCCGGGAAGGGUGGGUGAGGCCUGACACGUGUCCCGGGACGGGCAGGCGAGGACCGCACUUGUCAUGGGACGGGCGGGUAAAGCCCGCAAUGUGUCCAGGACGGGUGGGUGAGGCCUGCCAUGUGUCUCGGGACGGGCAGGCGAGGCCUGCCACGUGUCCCGGGACAGACGGACGGAGCCUGCCAAGUGUCCCAGGACGGGCGGUGCCCCCUCACGCUUCUGGGGCACGCCAUGGGUCCAAGGAUGGGUGGGCGGGGCCCGCCAUCUCAUCCCGGGACGGGCAGGCGUGGCCUGCUACGCGUCUUGGGACGGGCAGGUGA